UCUUAGAAACAUAAAGUUGAGAUUUUUAUGGAUUUCAUAAAAGGAUUAAGAGCCUCCCUUUCUCCUUCAACCAUGGAGAAGAAAUGGUCACUCCCUCUCCUCCUCAUCUCCUUUUUCCUAGUCUUCCUCCUCACCUCUCUCAACAUGGGCCUCCUCUCCUCUCUCUCCACCAUCAACUCCUUCCUCUCCAUUCUCCCCUCCAAACACUCCGGCGAUCUUCCGGCCAUGUUGGUAGAACAAAAGCUCUCGCCGGCUUCGGCUGCACUAGCUACCGAUCAUGUUCCUCGCUUUGCCUAUCUUAUCUCUGGUUCAAAAGGGGACCUUGAUCGGUUGUGGAGAACACUUCAUGCAAUUUAUCAUCCUCGCAACUACUAUGUGGUGCACAUAGACCUCAAGUCGUCGGUGAUGGAAAGGAGGGAGCUUGCAAAUCGGGUAGCCAACCACUCCCUGUUCGCCAAGGUGGACAAUGUUCACGUGAUAAAAAAGGCAAACAUGGUGACCUACAGAGGUCCAACAAUGGUGGCCAACACCCUUCAUGCAUGCGCCAUUCUUCUCAAGAAGAAGAAGAAAUGGGACUGGUUCAUCAACCUCAGCGCUUCGGAUUACCCUCUAGUGACUCAGGAUGAUCUGCUAUUUACAUUCUCAAAGCUGCCCAGAAAUUUGAAUUUUGUGGAGCAUUCAAGCAGAUUGGGAUGGAAGGAAGAACAAAGGGCAAAGCCAAUGAUCAUAGAUCCAGGGCUUUAUAUGAAGAGCAAAUCAGAUGUGUUCUGGGUGUCGCAAAGGAGAGAAUUGCCAAAUGCCUAUAAGCUUUUUACAGGAUCAGCCUGGAUGGUUCUCUCAAGAAAUUUUGUAGAAUUCUUCAUCCAAGGGUGGGAUAAUCUACCAAGAAUCCUCCUAAUGUACUACUCCAACUUCAUCUCCUCCUCCGAAUUCUACUUCCAAACCCUACUCUGCAACUCGCCGGAAUUCACCACCACCGUCAUCAACCAUGACCUCCGCUACAUCUCAUGGGAUAAUCCCCCCAAGCAGCACCCCCGCAACCUCGCCAGCGCCGACCUCCACAACAUUAUCAGCAGCAAAGCUCCCUUCGCUCGUAAAUUCAGAGUGAAUGAGUCUGUUCUCAGUCGGAUCGACGAAGAGUUCCUCAACCGGCACGGCAUUGGCGACGAGAAUUUUGUGCCGGGAGGGUGGUGCUCGGGAUUGCCGAUGUGUUCGGAAGUUGGCGAUGAGAGGAGGAUUGAGCCUGGAGCUGGAGCACGCAGGCUAGCGCAGCUCAUGGAUGGGUUACUUAAAUCCGAUAGAUUCAAGAGUAAUCAAUGUAGAUAAAUGAGACAUUAUUGUCGUGUUGCGACGAUGUUAUGUCAUCAUAUAUCUCGUCAUUUGUGGGUGACGUGACGUCCCAUGAGUGCUGGUCCGGACA